AUGGAGACAUCAUCUGGAACCCUUCAGUCUCCAUCCACGUUUUCUGAAAGCUCCAAGACUGGAAGCAGUCGAUCUCAUGGCAGUGCUAAGGAUGAACCCGACUUCACCAAAGAUAAUUCUGCUUCCCCCAUCGACCUGGAAUGCCAUAUCCAGGCAGAGCGCAUCACCAAGAUCCUCGACGAAACCAUCUACAAAACCAAAAUGGCGUUGUGUCUUCCGCGUCUCGUUCAAGAGUACAAAACCCUCGACUCCAUACUGUCUAAACAGCAUAUGGAGGACUUGGUCUUUAUCUUCGAGCAGUAUGAUAAUCCACUAUUCUCUACCAGCCUUUUGAAUUUGGACGCCAUGGAGGAUAUAAAGGCUGGUGACGUAUCAUUGAAGAACCGAUUGAAUCCAGAACUUGGUCACCUUAUCUACAUACUGAACAGCUAUCCCCAGUUAAAACCUAAAGUGGAAGAGAUGAUUACAGAGAUGAAAGAAGAAUACGCUGAGUAUGUUGAAACACGCCGAAGUCUUCCAGGUCUAGAAUACCUCUUAACUUUCGAACAAUUCAGAGAUCUGAUGGUGAAACAGAUGGAUACCACAGCUGCUGAUGAACUGGCUGCUAAACUCAACACGAGAAAAUUAGAAGGGUCCAAUGAGCGACUUAUUGAGAAAAUUCAAGAAUAUACAAAGGAUCUGAAAGAAGAAAGCGAACGAUUCCAGGAAACGAUGAAGUUAAAAUCGGAGAUUAUUGCGAAAUUGGAAAAUGAACUCGCCAUGCUGAACCGAGACGCUGAAAUUAGGCUCAAGAAGAAAAUUUUGGAUUCCGAUCGGCAAAUGGUCCUGGCAACUCGUGCGCACCUCGUGAAGAACGAAAUGCUCAAAGAAGAGGAGGUGGAAUGUCGUGAGUUGUAUGAGAGCGUACUUAGAAAAAACCUUAUUGAUGAAAAGAAUCAACGAGCUAGAAGGUUUAAAGUUGAGACCCAGUUGCUAUCAUGGCUACAGAAGUAUGACCUGGAAAUGGCUGAUAAACAAGUAGACUUAGAUGAAUUCACCGAAAAGUACGAAGAUGAGGUUCAGAAGUGUGAGGUUCUAGAGGAAAAACUAGCGGAGCAAGACAAAGAAUACAUCCCGCUAAUGGCAGAAAGAGAGGAAGAGUACCACCAGGAAAUGGCGGAGAAGAUGAAGAAGUUCCUGCUGGAGCACGCGGCGCGCGUCAUCCAGUGCGCUUGGAGAGACGUGCUCGCCAAUCGGGCUGAGAAAAAACGGCUCAAGAAACUGCAGAAGAAAAUGCAAGCAGCCGCCGCCGCCGCAGCUGCAGCAGAGAAGAAAGGUCAAAAAGGCGGGAAAAAAUGA